AUGACGAGCAGGCUCCUGGUCACAGUGCAUAGCGUUCUUGCCAUGGCGUCUGAAGACGACUAUCGCCAUCCACGAUGCCAGAACGGCGAAAAUGACCUGACUCGAGACGACGAUGACCUUGAUCCACUCUGCGUUUUUACACGUCGAUGUUUGAGGAUUCAAAGAAGGACAACCGAUCACGAUGCUGAUCGUCGAGAUGGCAGAGACCAUCGGCAGAGCUAUCAGUGGAAGGACUCUUCGAAACCGUCGAUGCCGAGACGGAUCGCGCUUGAGGUGAAUGCUACCCGCAAGAACGGCAAAGCUGGCCGGCCUGAGAACGACGAUUGCUGUCGUGGCGAAGGCUGUGCUUGCGCUAUUGAACGCUGUAUCCCAGAUCGAGCCAUGACCUUCUUUGAUCCAAUGAACGACGAAAAGAGGCGUGAUGGCCAACAGCAGAAACGCAUCCAGCACGCAAAGCGCUAA